GGCUCACAGGCUCAUGUGAUCCUGCUGGGAGGUGUUUGGCUAAAAGACUUUCUCAACAUCCAGGCUGCAGCAUUUGAGAGCUAACCCGUCUCUCUCACGGAGCUACCGGAUUGCUUUAUUCAGUGCACAUUUGGGACAUUCCCAUCACUUGAGCGGCUCAUUCCGGAGAGUGACGCGCUGCAGUUCCGAUAAUGGGAGACGCUCAGUCUGCGCAUCGGGAGGGCAAGGAGGAUGCAGCGGCUGAGGGGGACAGCGGAAAAGUGGAUGAUGCUCAGACUGAGCAGAAUAUUGAAGACGAGCCUCUCAAAAACAAUGGGCAGAUCUCUGAGAUCAAUGGAAAAGCAGACGGCUCUAUAGCAGAAGUUGGUCACUGUGAGGAUGAGAUCGAUGCAGAGGCUAUCCUUUCAUCAGACGAAGAUGUUUCAGAAACAGAAAAGCCGCUUAAAGAAGAAGAAACACCAUUAAAUGUUGAAAUUAAUGAAAAGGAAUCACCCAAUGAAGCUGAUGCUAAUGAAGAUGUACCCCUGGAAAUUACUGAAAUGGAUGCAAAGCAAAAUGACAUCAAUGAAAGUUUUAGGAAAUUUUUCAGAAACAUUGGUUUGAAUUUGACAGUGAAGAGGGGCUCAGGUGAAAUAGCAACAGAUGUGCCUGAUGAGACCAACAAGGUAGAACCAAACAGAGCAGAAGACGUCGAGGAUACCACAAAAGAAACCACAAGUGAGAAUGCUGAACAGAAUGCUGAUGUGAACAUUACACAGGAGACUUAUGAUAAUGAUUCAACAACAUGUCCUACCCUGACAGACGUUACAUCGGACAUUCUAGAAAAUGCAGAGGAGAAAACAGAAGAAACCAAAGAGGAAGUUGAAUCUGAUAAUGUAGAUGCAGCAAUGACUUCACCUGUAGGAGAACAUGCACAACAGGAUGCCACACCUGAAGAAGAGUCACAUUCCACAUCUCCAUGUAGCCCUGAAGAAGAAGUGGUUGUGUCUCCAAUUAAAAGAUUUUUUACAACUGGAAUCUUUUCUGGACUACGGAAGAAAAAGAAGCCUGCAGAAGAUGAGACAACUGACAAAGAACCGGAAGACAAGGGAGGAAAGGAGGUCGAAGAGACGAGAGAACAAACUGUACAAGACAAACAACAGGAUAUAGAGGAGAUUAGUCUAGGUGUUGACGCAGCUGCAAUUGAGACAGAACAUAAAGAAAAUAUACUUAAAGGGGAGAUCCUGUCUGCAGUAUCAGCUCAGGUGAUGGAUGCAUCUGCCAUAGAUCCAUCAACCAUCAUUGUCACUGAGCCUGACAUUCUGAAUUCUCAAGAGAAGGACAAGGUUCAAGCAAGUCCUCUUAAAAGGCUGCUGUCAGGGUCUAGUUUAAAGAAACUAUCCAAAAAGCAAAGAGGCAGGAAAUCAAGUGAUGCAAAGCUGUCUGACUCUGGAGAACAUGUUUCAGAUCAGCUCCUAUCAUCUACUGGGUCAGCUGAGAAUCAGAAAGAAGAAGGUUGUGCACAACACUCUGCAGAGGCAGUAGGAGAGGAGGAUGGUGCAUGGGCUUCCUUCAAAAAACUUGUGACUCCAAAAAAGCGCAUAAAGAGAUCCUCCUUAAGUAAUGAAGAGACACAAAUCCCAGGUUCAGUAGAAGAACCAAAACCAAGUGAAGGAGGGCAAAUAUCGGAUCUCAGCACAGAGGAAGGCAAAAAACGAAAAGACUCAUCUGUUUCAUGGGAAUCUGUUUUGUGUGGAUCUGGCAGGAGAAGAAGCCGAAAAACUUCAGACUCUGAGGACGAAAUACUUCAAAUUGAUAAGCAAGAUGAUGGAUCUAAACAUGGUACAGAAUUGGCCCUAGAAAGUUCUAAUGAGGUUGAUGAAAUGUUAGCCUAUUCCCCCAAAGAAGCAGGAAGUUCUUCAGAGGGUGAUGGAGGGUCAACAUGGAAAUCAUUGAAAAGACUUGUCACCCCGAAAAAGAAAGCCAAGGAUGAGGAUGAAAGCAAAGAUCAUGUACAAUCUGAUAGUGAAGUUACUCAAGAUGAGUCCUCCUUUUCAAUAAAGAAACUCCUACCAGGACGAAAAAAGAGGAAGUCUGCCGAAAGGCAAGACCAAGUAUCUUCAGAUGAAGCUGAUAAGGACGUAGCUUCAGGUGAUGAAGACUCUGAGACACCAGCUGUGGUUCCAUUGUCUGAGUUUGAUACAGUUGAGACUGAGGUUCACAUACAAACACAGGCAGACGUAGAAAGUCACAUACCCAAGGAAGGAGACCAUGAACUCCAGCAAGAUCUUCUAGAUCAGAUGGUUGAACCAGUCAUACCUUGUGACAACCUGCAAACUGAAGUAAAGGAAGUCCAAGACAAUGUUGUUGCUUUAGAAAAUCAGGCGUCUAAACCCCCAGCUACAAAUGAAGAACCUGGUGAUUUUACAGAAUCAAUCAGUAAACAACAACUCAGUGACAUCCCAGAGGAGGCCACUCCAGCUUCAGCCACUGAGGAGGCAGCUAGAGAUGACACUAUAGCAGAGGACCUGAUAGAGAUCACAUCUGAGGCCAUUACUGCACCAGAACCAUUAGAUAUUACCCUGGCAGAUGAAACUGAGAUGAUCUCUGCAGUUUCCCAGUUAUCUUCAGAGUCUUCAAAAACAUCUGGCAAUACAACACCAGUACCAGCAGAAUAUGACUUCAUGGAAACAGAUGUGCUCCUGCAUCAGGUUGUUGAAACAAUUUCCAUAAGCCCAAACACAGUUCCAGUUUGCUCAAAUGAGCUAAGAUCUGAAAGAAUGGUGUCUGUUUCGCAUCAAAUACUUGAAACAUUUGUAAAAGAAGAGCCAACAAUUCUGGAAAUACACCGAAGAUUAGAUGCAACUGCCAUUAACACGGGUCUAAAUGUUGAAGAACUGGACACAAUUAAUGAACUUGCAGCUACCACUGAAACAGAGAGCAUAUUUGAAGUCAAUGACUCUUAUUCCACAGAGUUUGUAUCUGAAGUUCCUACUGAAGAGUUUCACACUGCUGAAAUUGCUGUAGAUGAAGUGCAUGAGGUCAACAUUACACAUCAAGAAGACAGCUUAAAAGAAUUAGAAAGUAUCGAUGAGAGCCAUCAUCUGGUCGAAUGCCCAUCUGAGAUAAAUGCAGCUGUGUCUAAAGAUAUAUUACCUGAAGGUGACAAAAUUGUCCCAGAUGAAGGUUCUCUAGUUAAGGCACAUCAAGCUAAAACGGAGCCCCCAAAAAUUGACGCUCAAGAAGCAGAUUCAGCUGCUAUAGUAGCAGAUGAAACUAAGGAUGGGGCUAUGGAGCAGGAAGUCCAAACUGUGACAGAAAAGGAAGAUCAGAUCACGCAUAAUAUCACAGAUCAAAUUCAAGUUAAGGAUAAAGAUCAGGAAAUAAUAUUGGAGGACAUCACAGCAGCCAAAACAGUUACAUAUGAACUCAAAGAAGAAACAGUGCCUCUAACUGAAGUCAACAUGGAGCCAGAAAAGGAAGAUGAAAUAGUAACAGAUGCCAAAACUGGAAAUGGUAAAGUACCAGAAGCAUUUGACACUGUGCAAGCCUCCACAUUAGAUUUAGGGGAAGGUAGUGUUCAAUCACAAGAGGAGGAAGUAAAAUCAGAGGACAUUCCAACAAUAGAAACAGUUACAGAAAAACCCAAACAGACAGAGGAGCAUCUCACUCAAGUCAAUGUUGAGCCAGAAAACAAAGAACUAAAAGCAAAUGCUGUCAAAAGUGAACAUAUUCAAGAAUCAGAAGCUGUUCAAGUACACACAUUAGCUUCAGAGGAGAGCAGUGUUCAAUCACUUGAAAAAGAGUUAAUAUCAGAGGAUGUUCCAGAAGCAGCAAAAGUUACAGGUGAACCUAAAGAGGAAAAAGAAAUGAGGGCUGAGCCAGAAGAAAAACUACCAAUGGAAGCUACCAAAACUGAACAUGUUCAAGAACUAGAAGGGGUCAGUGGUCAAUCACUUGAAGAAGAGGUCAUAUCAAAGGAUGUUCCAGAAGCAGCAACAAUUACAGAUGAACCUAUAGAGGAAAUAAUACUUCUCACUGAAGUCAAGUUUGAGCCAGUAGAGGCUUCCCAAACUGAACAUGUUCAAGAACCAGGAGAAGUAUUAGAAGCUGUUCAAGCACCCACAUUAGAUUCUGAGGAGAGCAGUGUUCAAUCACUUGAAAAAGUGUUAAUAUCAGAGGAUGUUCCAGAUGCAACAGUUACAGGCGAACUUAAAGGGGAAACAAUACCUCUCACUGAAGAGAACCUUGAGCCAGUGGAUGUUUCCAAAGCAGAACAUGUUCAAGAACCAGAGGUAAUACAAGCUAUACAAACAGUCACAUGCGCUUCAGGGGUGGAUAGCCUUCUAUUACUUAAAAAGGAAGUAAUAUCAGAGGAUAUCCCAGCAGUGGAAACUGUUACAAAUGAACCCAAACAGGAAACUGACGUGAGGGCUGAGCCAAAAGAAAAACUACCAAUGGAAGCUGCCAAAACUGAACAUGUUAAAGAACCCAAUGUAUUACUAUCUAAUGUCAAAGAAAUUGUAACUGAAAGCAAAACUGAGGAAGGGACAUCAGUGUAUGUGGAUGUAGUCACAGAAUGUAUUGAGAGAGAUAGUGCUAAGGAACUUGAAAAGCAAAUAUUGGUGAAAGACGAUCCCAAACCAGACAAUGUCAAUGUCAGUAUAGAUGAAAUUGAGAGUGAAGUUGUGGCACAACUGGACCACUCUUUAGAGAUAACAGAAGAUCAGAAAAUAGUGAGUAUAACACAAGAUCUUGGUGUUGAGCAGGAAGAAUGCAUCCCUGAAGAUGAGUUACAAACAUUAACAGCAGUUUGUGUAUCCUUUGUUAACGAGGAAGAAAAUAAUGUUCUGGUCCUAGAAAAGACUGCAUUUACUGAAGAAACCCCAGCACCUUGUGUAGACAAUGCUGCAGUUACAAAUAAACUCAAACAUGAAGUGCAUAUCAGUACAGUGCAAGUCAGUGUAGAGGUAGAAAAAGAAAGAGAGAUAAAGACUGCUGAAGUUGAGCAUGCUGUAGUGGCGCAAGUAGUCACAUGUAAUCUCAAGGAGGAAGUCGAGACUGCCACGCCAUUAGUGAAAGAUGAUGUGGUUGAGACAGCAGAGGAAGGCAGUAUGGUUGUGAUGAUGCAUGUGCCAUCAGUAGAGUUCGAAGACAAACACAGAGUUCAAGUGCAGGUGGUCGAUGUCAAUAUAAAAUCAGCUGAGACAAUUGUGGACACAGUGCAAGAGGUAGGGGUAACAGAGGCCAAAGAAGUCAUAUAUUUUUGUCAGGAAACGCUUAAAAAGGUACACAAUCUCUCCGCAACUCCAGAGAUUAAUAAGGAAUUAAUGAAUGAGGAAAACAAGGUGACCAUUCAAGAAGUUAUUCAACAUGUAAAGGAGAACGUACCUGAAAUAGUACCUGAAUCAGUGGUUGAUAACUUGGAACAAGAAGUUAUAAAACAGCCAGAUGCUGUGACAGAAGUGAGCGAGAUGGUUGAAAGUGACACAAAUGAAGUGGAGGAUCAAAAAGUGAUGGAGGAUAAUAUUGCAACAAUCAGAGAAAGACAAGAUGAAGCGCCUGCUGUCAUUAGUGAUGUCUCUGCAACUGAACAGCAAGUGUCUAAGGAUCUCAUGCAAACACCUGAUAUUCCAGGAAGUUUAGAUGUCUCUAUCCAUGAUCACAAAGAGGAUUUGGAGGAAACUAAAGCUAAACAGGAAAAAUCAGAAGCAGGUGUUACAGCAAAAGAGGUCAAAUCAUCAUCAGAGGAAUUAGAUGUGAAAACAAUUAAUGAAGAAGCCCAAAUUACACACAUUGCUCAAAGUCCAAUUGUAACACUUAGUAACACUAACUUAGUAGCCCCCCAAAAUACUGGAAUAAUCUCCUCAAUAGCUAAUGUGGAGUCCCCUUCAAGUCUUUCUUUUGAAUUCAAACUUAAUAUACAGUUUGGACAAGCAAAAGCAGCUUCCCUAUCAUCUACAACAGAGAGAAAUGAACCCGUGAAAAAGACAGAAGUGUCUGAGGUCAGAGUUCAGGCAGUAGAGGUAGUAGAACCCGUAAAGCCAAUAAAUCCAACACAAAGAGCUGAGAGCCAGAAACAGACAGAGCUAAAGGAGGUCGCUGUUCAGGCAACAGAACCAGUGGCAAACUUAGAUUCAACAGAAAGAGCUGUGAUCACGACUCAGCCUGUACUGCUGGAUAUUGGCAUCCAAGCAAUGAAAACAGUUGAACCCGUAGAACAAAUCGAAUCAACAGAGAGAGUAACCUCCAGUGUCCAGGCAACAGAAACAAUAAAACCAGUAAUACAAGUAGAGAAAGGAGACGUGUUCCUGAGUCAGCCAGUACUCUCUGAAGCUUGUGAACAAGAAACAAAAGCAGAAACGCCUGUUCAACAAAAAGAGGAGGAAAAUGACCAGGAUGUGUGGAUGGAUGCAGAGGAAGACAUUUCCACUCAAGAGAAAACAGAGGUGUCUCUUCAUGAGGUGGAGGAAUCUGUUGAACUUCCGACAGAAAGCGAGCAAGUAGAAAAGGCAGGACUUGAAGAUGAGGUUGAAAUGGUUCCUAAUUCCAAAACUGAGGAAGAAGAAAGUCAACAGGAAAUGCACAAAGCAGAUGGAAAAUGUGAAAUUGAGAGUGAUGAUGAAGAUUUUGCUGUUGCACUUGAGCAUUCUGAAACUCAAACUGCAAGCAUCACUACGAUGGAGCGGAAUUAAUUUCACUCAACUUCAGUGUCACUAACCGGUUGGACAAUCAAAAAGGAAGCCUCAAGUUUGUAAGAAGUUUUCAAAAAGCCAUUAAAGAGUAGCACUGACAGUGGUAGAAGAACACAGGAAACAGCAUUUGCUGCUUUUAUUUGACAUUAUGUUCAACAAGAGAUAUACCAAUAUUUACUGUUGAAACUUGUCUUGAUUUUAGAGCUGCAAAGAUUAAUCAAUUAGUUGCCAACUAUUAAAUUAAUUGCCAACUAUUUUGAUAAUUGAUAAAUCAAGUCUUUUUUAAUAACAAAAAAG